GAGAUUUGUGUCGCGUCCUGAUGACGUCACGCUGAAAGCGCCGGUGAACUGCCUCUUCCACGUUGUUCGGGGGUCGGGUUAUGGUUUUAGUGGUUCCACUCUUGGUAUCUGGGUUUGGUUGUCUUAAAUUGCGGAACGCGAACAACCAGGCCCUGUUCGAACCUGCAUCAGCAUAUGUCUGUGGCAACCCGGUUGCAAGAGGACAGCUCUGAAUUCGUCAAGUAAAACGUAUUAGAAGGUGCUUCCACGUGUGUUUGGAGUGACCGCUGGUGCUCGGGAUUGGUUUGGAUGAAAUUAUGGAAGCCGAAAACUCAGAAUAUUUAGGGAGGAAAACCAAACCUACGAAGAUGAAGGACAGUGCUGACCCGGUGAAAAACUUCGAGAAGUGGAAGAAAAAAUACAAUAAGAGGAAAGCACGAGUAAAUCGAGAGAAAGCGGAAAAGAAACCACAGUGGCAGGUCGAACGGGAUUACAUCCACAGACUUGAAAGCAGGUACGGACAGAUCAACACCAAAGACGUUGUCAGGUUUUCAGAUUUCCCCAUUUCAAAGAAAACCCUGCUAGGGCUACAGGAAGCUCAGUAUAGACAGCCCACAGAGAUCCAGAGACAGACCAUCGGCUUCGCUUUGCAAGGUAAAGAUGUCCUCGGUGCGGCGAAGACUGGUUCCGGGAAGACUUUAGCCUUCAUCAUACCGGUGCUGGAGUGUCUGUACCGACAACAAUGGAGCUCCAUGGACGGCCUCGGUGCGCUCAUAAUUUCCCCCACCAGAGAACUCGCCUACCAGACCUUCGAAGUUCUGCGUAAGGUGGGCAAGAACCACGAGUUUUCAGCGGGGCUCAUCAUCGGGGGGAAGGAGCUAAAGAGCGAGUCGGAGAGAAUCCACCGCACCAACAUCGUUAUCUGCACCCCGGGCCGACUACUGCAGCACAUGGACGAGACGGCCACCUUUCACGCAUCCGACCUCCACAUGCUGGUCCUGGACGAGGCAGACCGCAUCCUGGACAUGGGCUUCGCCGAUACAUUAAACGCCAUAUUGGAGAACCUUCCUAGGUCCCGGCAGACGCUGCUGUUCUCCGCCACACAGACUAAGUCAGUCAAAGACUUGGCCCGGCUAAGUCUGAAAGACCCAGAGUAUGUGUGGGUACACGAGAAAGCAAAGUUCAGCACGCCGGCCACCCUGGAGCAGAGCUAUGUGGUGUGUGAGCUCCACCAUAAAGUUAACAUGCUCUACUCUUUCAUUAAGAGUCACUUGAAGAGGAAGAUCAUUGUUUUCUUUGCUUGCUGCAAGGAGGUACAAUACCUGUUCCGAGUUUUCUGUCGCCUAAGACCCGGCAUGCCCAUCCUGGCUUUGCAUGGCAAGCAACAGCAGAUGAAGAGGGUGGAGGUCUACAAUGACUUCAUCAAAAAGCAGAAUGCUGUUCUCUUUGCCACUGAUAUAGCUGCCAGAGGCCUGGACUUUCCUGCAGUCAACUGGGUGCUGCAGUUCGACUGUCCAGAGAAUGCAGACACCUACAUCCACAGGGUGGGCAGGACUGCCAGAUACAAGCAGGGUGGAGAGGCCCUGUUACUUCUGCUCCCCUCAGAGGAGAGGGGCAUGGUCGGCCAACUGCAGGAGAAGAGGGUUCCCAUCAAUAAGAUCCAGGUGAACCCAGAAAAACUGCAGACUGUCCAGCCGAAGCUUGUCGCCUUCCUGGCCCAGGAGAAAGAGCAGAAGGAGAGAGCCCAGAGAUGUUUUGUUUCCUACCUGCGCUCUGUCUACCUGAUGAAGAACAAAGAGGUUUUUGAUGUUUUAAAACUCCAGAUUCAAGAGUUUGCUGUUUCUCUGGGCCUUGCUGUGGCUCCAAGGGUGCGCUUCUUAAAUAAAGUUCAGGCGCAGACAGCUGAGGGAGAUGAACAGAAAGAGGAAGAGCAGUCUGAAGAUGAUGACCUGAGGAGUUUUAAGGCUCAGCUGAGAGGAAACAUUCCUCAUGGGGAAGGUCAAAACUAUCAGUCAGAAGACUCAGAUGAGGAUGGGGAAAGUGGUGAUGAACAAAAUGCGAAUCAGCUGAAGACAACACUUCUGGGUGACGAUGAUGACGAUGAUGACCUAAGAGACUUGGACCUACUUAAAGUCAAAACAAAGAAUGUCUUCAGUCUUACAAAGGAGCAGGAAAAUGAGGAGGAACUCUCCAAGGGCUCCAAAAAAGAAUUUGGAAAAGAAACAAAGUUCAAAGAUGCCAAAAAGGUCCUUAAGAGAAACUUCCAUGUCAACACCAAAGUGACCUUUAAUGAAGAAGGAGAUGCUGUGCAGCUGUGGCCACCUGUCCAACGGGCAGUGACUGAUGAGGAAGAUGAAGAGGUUUCAGGUAUCAAUGUGGAGAAGGCCAAGGAAAGGCUGAAACAUGAAGACCAGGUGUUUGACAAGCGGGAGUACAGCUGCAAAGUGAAAGCUAAACACAGAGAGAAGAGGCUGAAGGCCAAGGCAGCUAGGAGGGAGGCCAGCAGGCAGCACGGACAGCAGUCUGAAGAAGAGGAAGAGGUGGUAGCGUACCUGGCCAAGCACGGCGAAGAUGAGUUUGACCCCAGUGCUCUUCCGGACCCUGACAAUUUGCGAUCAUUGGAGGAGGAAAAGGAGGGCCAAAAGGAUCAAAGAAGAUCAGCAAAAAGGCAACAAAGCAGUGAAAGCAGUGAUGAAGAGCUUAUAGCAGGGAAGAGGAAGAAAGUAAGACAGCUAAAUGAUGAACACAUACCUCUGGACACUGGUCUCUCUCUGGCCGAAGAUGAGGAGUUAGUCUUGCAUCUGCUAGGGGGAAUGAAGUAGAGAAAAUGGGAUAAGGGGUUUAAGGGGAGUGUUGAUGAACUAAUCAGUUAAAUAAAAAAACAAAGUAAAGAGUUAAAUGAGAAAAUGUCCAAACAGAAGUGCCAUUUGUAGCUAGGUUUUGAGUCUGGUGGUGUUUAUAGGAAAAAGUGACAACAAUUAAGAGCUACUUAAGUGUUUUGAUUCUGCACUUGCGUAUAUUUUGAGAUCUCUCACCAGGGAUCUGUGUGUACAUCAGCAACAAAGUCCAAUGCAUCUAUUUUUGUUGAGAUUCACACUGGAGAAACUCAGCCAAUGUGCCUCAUUUGGACUGUUUGUGUGAUUUGAUCAGAUUUGAUUGACAAUAACCACACAACCCACAAGCUGUCAUAAAAUUAUGAUUCAUGUUAUGUAUUAUUUGGCUCAUACAGUACAUGUACAUAUUUUUAAACAACUCGCUGAAAUAAUCAAUGAUUGUAACGUUGGUAGAAGUUAAUUUGUUCACUUGUUGUGCAGUACAAAUAAAAUACAUUUUCAGAGUU